AUGGCCAAGCCGGAGAAUGCAUGUUUGGAUGCAUUACCUUCCAGAAAAAUAUAUGCCGCAUUUGAACAGAACAAUGGUGGCAAACAAACAUGUACGGAAAUCAGCACCUGGACAACAGAAAUAGAAACAAUUUUAAAUAAUAAAUUAAAGGGACCAUAUGAUGCAAAGCAGUGUGCUGAAAAAGUUGCGAAUGUUUGGUGUUAUGUAUCUGAGUUGACGUCGAAGGGUGAAGCAUGUAAAACAAUUUGUGACUUCUUUUAUUAUUGGCUAGGAUGCACAUUGGUGGAUAUACUGAAGUACUCUCAUGAAUUCCGUGAAAUUAUGAAUCAAAUUUAUGGAGUAUUAGUAAAAUUUCCCAAUACAGGGAAAUGUGAAACUAUAAACACUGCUCCUACUACAAGCACUACAUUCUUCAAGCCCAGGAAAAUAAUAUUUGAUUAUCUAUAUGAUUGUAGUAUAGUAAAUUCCUGUUCAGAGUCUACUGGUCACAAUUGCACUAGUGCCUAUUCUACAUAUACCGAGGAAGUUGAGCAAAAGUAUAGAAUGGUAUGUGCAAAUUGUGUAAUUGAAACCGGUGGUGAUCCAUGCUGUAGGAAGCUCAAACAGCGAGGUGGAACAUCCAUUCCCCCAAAUCUAUCAGAUUUAACAUGUCCUGAAGUAUCCGAUUCGGAACCUGUUCAACAACUUUUAGCAUGUAUAGAGCAACAGCAACAGCAGCAGGAACAACAACAGGAACAGGUACAGUUUGUAGGUCCUGCUUCUGGUGGAAGUGUCGUACCUGCUGCUGUCUCCUCUGCUGUUGGAUUAGUAGGAUUACCUGCAUUGGCAUUCUUCUUAUAUAAGGUACAAAGUACAACUACCCUUUAUAAAGUGCAAUACCAAUAG